AGGAUUAAGAAUCAGAUUAAAGUUAUCCUUUUAGGAUUCUGAAAGAUAAUUAGGAUUUGAUUAAUCACUCAAAUCAAUCAAACCAAUUUAGGUUGUUAAACGCUUGAAGAACAUCAGUGUGUGUUUUAUAUAAUAAAAGUAAUACCCGUAUGUGUUAAUACAGUUACAUUCGCGACGGUACCUGAAGGCAUCGCGAAGGCAGGCGAAGACGUCGGGUACUGAUGACGCACUAAACCGUCGACGGUCGUUUUUGAGUCGUGUGUCUUGUUUACAUCAUGCGUGCGUCCGUUAAUUUAGUCGUUGAUCGUGCUUUUAAUUGGUUUUAACGGUCGCCGGUCGGAGGACGCGGCCGUGAGAUGGACCUCUGUCGGAAGCAGGUGAAGUCGGACUGCGCGGAGCUGCUGAGCCGCUUCCAGAUAACCGACUCUGUCCGCUUCGAGACCUUCUCCAAAAUAUGGAGAGAAAUGCAGUUCUCACAGAUUUUCUACGGCACCGUGAACCACCAAGAGAGGCGAGCGUUCAGCCGUCUGGUCCUGGACACCGCCUACGGCUUCUUCAUGCCUCCGUACAGCUUCCAGAUCAAAGUGGGAGGACUCUACCUGCUGUACAGCUUGUAUCAGUGUCAGAUCGCCUCGCCCCCGGAGCAGAUCCGGCUGGCGCUGAAGGACUGGGAAAACGUGAAGAAGCUUGAGAAGGACGCGGUGAACGCUCAGCACCACGACGUGGUUUACAUCCUCCGAAAGCUGGCGUCCGACAAAGCCUUCAGCUUCGCUGCCAUGCCCACCACGCUCGCCUUCAAGAAGAAGAGGAAGGUGGAGAGACCGGAGGUGCACGAGGAGUUCAUGGAGCGACCGUCUCGUCCACAGGAGCUGAUCAACGUGGAGCUGCUGGAGGAAUUGUCCAACAUUGAUGAGCUCUACAGAAAGCUGAAGGCUUCUGUCUCUUCGGAGGUGCAGCAGGCGGAUUCAUCUAUAGACCUGGUCCGGAAAGACCUGGUCCCACAGCUGCGCAGCACUGUGAUGGAUUUCUACGAUUGGCAGCAAAGGAGGGAUGCCGAUGGAGUCGAAGAGGCCGGUGAGGGGACGUCCUCUCAGCAGGAGAGGGCGGCGCUGUUGACCGAGCAGCUGUUUUGUGUUCUCAGUGCUCCAACAGAGCCCAGCGCCUCGCCUUCCUCAAGUCAAAGGCCUACGGAGAGGCAGCGGAGGCCUCCAAGUCCCGGCGUCAUCGUCAGGUGGAGGUGGACUUCACGAGCAACGUGGCCGGACCCGCCCACUCGUCAAGUUACACCAGGACAUGUAAGCUGUCACUCAAAGCCAGAACCUACGAGAACAUACGCAUCUCAGACGACUUGUGGAAAGAAGCCGCGACGACGUCUCACAUCAAAUGUCUCACCGAGCUGGACUUCGGUCCAGAAGAAAACAAGAAAUCGUUAAAAUCGUUCAAGUGUUGACGGCCAGAAGUCGACCGGCAUCUUGAUGGAGCGACCGGUUGAAGUCUGUUGAUACUUCCUGCGAUCUUAAAUGUUCUGUAUUAUUAUAUUUUACAUUUUAAAGCGUUUUAAUGGUUAUUUUGUUGUUUUUAUAAUGACUGAAACUGAAGAAAGAGCAUUCUUUUUGCAUUUUGAGAAUGAACCUUUUAGUUUCGAUGACGGUAAAUAAAACAUAAUUUAAAUGUCGGUUGUGUCGACAUGUGCACACUUUGCUGACGUUUAGUAUAAAACUGUAACAUUUAAACUUGUUCUGCAGCUUUUAAUGGUGUUUAAAUAUUUUAUAAAGCUUCACUGUUUUAUAUAAAAGCUAUUGUUUAAUAAAAAAUCUCCUAUUGUCCAA